GUGAAUUUCCGGAAGUCAUCGAGUUGGCUCCGUUGUAAACAUGGACGAAUGCAGAUGAUGCGGAUAAAUUAUUGGAGAUAUUUUUACAUAGUUUCCAUAGAGCCACUUCCAAUAUAGAAAGGCUGACAUAAAGAAGCUGUUGAGGUGACAGGAUGACGACCCAGGGCUAUUCGGGGCCCAAUUAUGAUAAGUGGGUGGAAAGAACGGAAACCUCGACUUUCCAUAAAAUGAAGGAGACUUUUUGGACCACGAAACAAGCUGUCAUACAGAAGCUGGGCAAGAAAGAAGAUGAGCAUGUGGUGGCCUCCGACUCCGAACUGGACUCCAAAUUAGAGGUAUUUCGAGCAAUCCAGAAAUCAUCCAUGUUGUUAUUGAGAGUUUUAGAGAAAUACCAGGACAGGUUGUGUGUAUUAUCACAAGAAGAGAAUUCCACAGGGAGGUUUUUGAAAUCCCAAAGUAAUCUGGACAAGACAAGAGCAGGGAAGAUGAUGGCUGCUGUUGGAAAAUCACAAAGUUUUGCUGCUCAACAAAGGUUGUCAUUGAGAGUGCCUCUAGUUCGACUGUACCAGGAAGUAGAAACAUUCCGAUAUCGUGCCAUAUCUGACACACUCAUGACUAUAAAUAGAAUGGAGGCUGCUAGGACGGAGUACAGGGGAGCUCUUCUGUGGAUGAAGAACGUGUCCGAGGAACUCGAUCCUGACACGUACAAACAGUUAGAAAAGUUCCGAAAAGUUCAGGCCCAGGUGAGGAAGACGAAGGCCAAGUUUGACAAGCUGAAGUUGGACGUGAUGCAGAAGGUGGAUCUACUGGCCGCCUCUCGUUGUAACAUGUUCUCACACGUCCUUGCCAACUACCAGUCCACAUUGCUCCACUUCUGGGAGAAAACCUCGCGCACCAUGACAGCGGUGGCAGAGAGCUUUAAAGGAUACCAAUAUUACGAAUUUAACAUUAUAAAGGAACUUGCUGAGCCAAGCAAAAAGUUGUCGGAGGAGACCUCCAAGUCAGAACCAGCAGAGAGAGACACAGAGGAGGAUUUUGAUCCCAGCAACUGUGAAAAAUGCAUGGAUAGAAGGUCGAGAGAAGAUUCUGAUAACCCCAUGUCCAGUUCAUCUUACCUGGAAGACGAUAGUGAAGGAAUAUGUCCCGAAUGUGGACAUUUUUACCAAGAAGAGGGAAAGAAGCAGCAAAGUUUUAAUGUAGCACAGAGAGCUUACACUGAGGAGAGUAGUCUCCCUUCUCUACAACAGGAAGCAUGUUUAGAAUCCAGUGAUGGUGAAGAGACUAGGUUGAUAGCAUUUGAUGAGGAUGAAGGGGAAACAGAAAAUGCUGAUAUUAAAAAUGACAGUCUACAAAACCUGUAUGAUAUGAGUACAGAAAGUCAGAACAAUUCCACUGACCUUGGAAACAAUGUCCAGGACACUGCUCCAUUUAUAGAGAUGGAGGAUGACUCGACAGGUGUGAAAGAGGAAGAUUUCGAUUUCUCUGGAGCCUUCAUGUCGAGUGAGAAGCCAGCCGGACCUAAAUCAGAAAAAGUGAUCUCUGACCUUUUGGCUGAUGAUCUGCCCCUGGGUCAGGAUGAUACAGACAGAGAUGACCUGACCAUUCUGAAUGAGAUUCUGAAUGCCCCCUCCACGGGUGGAGAUGACUUCUCUAAGGAGUGGCAAGCUGUCUUUGGGACCAUGCCCCUGUCAGCGGGUGCCACCUACACCCCAGGGGAGACGGACCAGGCGGAGUUCAUGCCCUCCAAUCUGCUGGAUCUCAACAAACAGAUGUCAGGCAUGAGUUUAUCUCAGAGUACCCCAACUACUGGAGCGCAGGCCUCAAGUAAAGCCCCUGUAGUCAACAAGUCACAUCAACAGCCCUCCAAAUCAAAAUCCAGCAAACAGGGAAAGAAGGACAUGUCAGCCUGGUUCAAUUUGUUUGCCGACCUGGAUCCUCUCUCAAACCCGGACGCAGUCGGUAAGACGUCAGAGGACGUCACGGAUGCACAGUUCUGACCCGUUUUAGUUUGGACAUCUGUAUCGACUUCAGUGUCAGAACUAUCGUCUAUACAACACCAUUCUGGUCAUUUCAUCUCUACUAAAUGUAGCGUGCAUUUCUUAAGCUUGUUCCAACUUCAGUCAUCCUCUAAAAUCUUCAUUUCAGUUGCAAAAUAUGUGAAUCUCUUCUUUGUAAUCAAUUAUCAUUCCAAGGUUCAGUAGCAAUGCAUAAUAUCUAAAGCACUGUUUGUAUAUUCAUUAAUUGUAUUGUAGGAAAUCUGCAUGUAUACUUGUCAUUUUUCAAAAUGUGAUAGAAAUUAAGGACGGUUUGAACGAAACUUUUGAUGAAGAAAGAAAUGGGGUUUGUUAUCCGAAUUGUCAAUGGUCGGUUGUGCUCUUUUGUUGAUUUGUCGAUCAUACAGAAAUCCAGUCUUCUGUUAUAUGAAUUAUUUACAUUGUGUAUGCAUUAAUCGUAAUGAUUGAUGUUAUAUGUGUAGUUGAAUCUCCUCAUCAGAUUAUACAGCAUCUGUGUUUUUCUGAUCAUUUGCUUUUACAGUAUACAGUAGAUUUUAUAUUGGUGAAAAUUGCAUAUCUAAUUCCAUAGUGCUCUACAGUCCAGGAGUGUGUGUUGUAGUAGGUGUGAAAUGAGGACUUGUGAUUUCAAUACACAAAUAGGUAACUCAUCUGCAGCAUUAGAACCAUUGUCAGAAACCCACGGUCUGAGGUAAACGUAGUGUGACCGACCAUGGGUUUCCGACGAUGCAUUAGAACCCGCUAUGGAAAUAAUUUACUUCACCAGGGAAUACUACAUUCAUACAUGGUUCAUAUAUUUAUAAGACAUAUAUUCUGAAAUUUGUUGUUGUUUGAGGCUAUUAAGGGAUAGUUAAGAUAGACAUUAUUUGGGGGCAUAUUAUUUUUGAUUUGUCUUUCACUCUGCAACUUUAAUUUUGGUCAUAACUUUUCAACUAUAUACAUUGUUUAAAACUUGCUGUAAAAUUAGCAAGACAUGCAGGGCUGAUUGCUUGUAAAAUUGUAAGUCCUGCAAAAGACCUGCUAGCCCUGAGAACAUAACUGCCAUUUUUGAAAUUACUUUUAUUACGAUCUAUCGUCUAAUUAAACCUAUUAUGUGACUAGGACUUAGUUCCCAUUUCACUCCAGAUCAUAUGUAAUUUGAUAAAGCACCUUGGCUUGUUACAACUUUGUUACUGGUAUGAUAAAUAGAUAUAACACAUCUAAAUUUAUUUAACGGAAAUUUUAACACGUCCGGUCAGGUGUCUCUACAAAAAAAUUUAUGCGUGUUGGGCGGAUGGGUUUUUUUGUACACUGUUAUAGCAGAUAAAGACUUCAGAUUUGAUGAACUAAAAGAUUAAAGUGACAGAUAAAGGUCAAGGUCAUAUUUGUGCAAUUAAAUAUAGGGGCAUGAUGUUUCACAACUAGAUCUUUUCAUUUUAAUAGAACAUGUUUUGUAGACAUUCAUUGUGAAAAAAGUGUCAUACAUCACAUUUUCAUGACACAAAAACAAUUGCUACUGCAACAACAUUGGGGCAAUAUUUUACGUAUUGUUCCCCAAUAUUAGAAUAUCUACACAUGAUAUGUUAUUGAUGUUUUUCUGUUUAUUGAUACUUGUUGCAUUAUUAAGAAUGAAAAGGUUUGAUUGAUAUGUAUGUGGUGUUAGGAUAUAUUUCUGUGUAUAUUUCCUGUUGUUGUCAGAGUUGCGUUUAGUAGUGCAAUAUACAAAUUAAUACUGUGUUAUUUGUGGCAUUUAUACCGUUUUUUUCUUAGUUUCAAGGUCGUAUGAAAGGGCACUUGAUUAGAGAUACAUUCCCGCAUUAUUUAGAAUUUCAAACUAUCAUAUUCUGUGUUGUUCAGAUAUGAACAAAUUUGGUACAUUACAAACUUAUAUGAAAGAUAUAAAGAUGAUUCUAAAAUUCUACUGUACUUUUAUUUAUUGACCUCGAGUUUUGAUGGACAUGAUAUAUUUUAAAAUUAUGGUCAAAGUUGAAAUAUUUUCUUGAUUAAUUUAUUGGAACUAUUGAACAAUGGAAACAAGAAAAACUAUUCUAAAACAAGCUUUCACAUUUUAAACAUAGUUUUCUUUCCAUCUACAUGGGAAACAUUAUGUUUUGCAGAAGAGAGACACAAAAUUAAUCCAAUAAAACUUAGAACGUUAGGAAGAAGUGUAUCUUUGUUUUAUAAGUUCAUAGACAAACAAGUGCUUGUUUACAGUUUAAAAAUAUCAUAUAAAUACAUGUACCAAGUUUACUAAGAAUUCCAGUUGUGAUUAUUCCACGUGCAUUCAGUCACGUUCUAUUGUUUAAUGCUUAUUUCCUCUUUAGAUCUCAAUUGCAUAUAUUAAAAAGCUUUAUUUACAAAGAUAUUAUAUGUAUAAAUGAAAUCCAACAUGUAGGUUGUGGGGAUUUUUUCUCUUCCUUUUUUUCUGAUUGUGAUAUUAGUAUUUUUCGUUAGUUUUUGCUAUAAUUGUUAUUAAGGAUGUCCUACAUGUAAUGGAAAUAAAUUCUGUAUCAUUCCUA